UAACGGGAAAGGGCGGGCUCAGUGAGGGCGGGUUUGGGCUGCGACCGCGACGCUGCAGACGCCGGAGAGAGGCCUGCGGGGAGGGGGCGGGGCCCUCCGGGAAGGGGCGGGGCGAACCGAGACCGGCGGCGGUGAACCGACAGCCCGACCGGCGGACGGCGACGGGGGGACGGGCCGGGGCCGGCCGGGCGCGCGCCGUGCCGCCGCCAUGACAGGAUGGUUUUUGCUAUAUAGGUCCCUUUUAGGAUGAAAAACAAGAAACAUCAGUGGAAUUUGGAUAAGAAUUACACUGACUCUGUAGACUACUUUGGGAGCAUUGUCAUCUUCACAACGUUAAAUCUUCCAAUCCAUGAACAGAGGAGCAGACCUACUGUGACCGGCUGGUCCAGGACACACCUUUCCUGAUGGGCCAUGGACGCCUCAGUGAGCAGCAGGUGGACAGGAUCAUCCUCCAGCUGAACCGCUACUACCCCCAGAUACUCAGCAACAAGGAUGCGGAGAAGUUCCGGAACCCCAAGGCGUCCCUGCGCGUGCGGCUCUGCGACCUCCUGGGUCAUCUGCAGCGGAGCGGCGAGCGGGACUGCCAGGAGUUCUACCGGGCCCUGUACAUCCACGCCCAGCCCCUGCACAGCCGUCUGCCCAGCCGGCUUGCCCUGCAGAACUCAGAUUGCACAGAGCUAGACUCAGGCACCGUGGGCCGCGAGCUCAGUGACAGGGGACCCGUGGCCUUCCUGGCCUGCCUCGGCCUGGCCGCAGGGCUGGCGCUCCUCGUCUACUGCUGCCCUCCAGACCCUAAGGUGCUGCCGGGGGCCCGGCGUGUCCUGGGCUUCUCCCCUGUCAUCGUCGACAGGCACGUCAGCCGCUUCCUGCUGGCCUUCCUCACAGAUGACCUGGGAGGGCUCUGACGACCCCCGCCUGCCCACCACCCACCAAAGAAGUCCCACCUGCCCGCCCAGGGGCCUGCCACUUCUUUUCUAAAUGCUUGUUUUUCACUAUUUAUACUUUUUUAAAGAAAGUUGCCUUCGCCUGACGAAGGUGCUCAACAAUAUUAAACGUUGGAGUCUUGUCCUUUU